AUGUGUAUGAAGGCUACCUGCUCGACCUGCAACAAGGUCACUUGGUGGGGUUGUGGAAACCAUAUUCCUUCGGUGAUGGACUCAGUUCCCGAAGCCGAUUGGUGUACCUGCAUACCUCAGGUUGAGAAGGAUGGGAAGAAGUACCCUCCCAAGGCGGCGAAGGCCGGCUGA